CUAUGACUCCCGGGGCUCUGCAGGCACCAGCCGCUUGCAGCUGAGGGCGCGGAGCCGAGCGACCCCGGGCCUUCCCCUCACCCUUCAGGAGAAAUUCUCCAUGCCGGUGCCGGGUUCCCACCUCAGCCCCGAGGAGGAAAGCCCCGGCUCCCCUCUUUUCCUGCUCACCAGGUCUUUUGGGUUAGCCAGCAUGUCCAGAUAUUAAAGAGGAGAGCCCCUCCUGGCCCUGGCCUCGCGCGGCCGGGGCUGCAGUGGUUCUGCCCGAAAGAUAAGCGGGUUUCUCCCCGACCCACCUGCCGCGGGCAUUUAUCGCAGGCUGCCCCCCUUAGAGCGCGCGCAGAACCCUCUCCUUGAGGUAGGUGGGCAUUCCUUGCCCCAUGCAGGCCUGGACAGACGACUGCGCCCUAAGGUGCGGGCCACGCCAAGGUCCACGGAGGCACUGCCGUCCCCCACUUGCCCGCCCGUGAACAAAAGAGCUGCUGUUUUCUGCGGUAUUGGCCGAUGUUCGUCGUGCAGAGCCUUGAAUCCUGAUGAAGCUUUGGAGGCCUUUUGUACCCUCGGCAUCAGAGGUCAAGUCAGUUACCCUCUGCCUUUCAAGCCUUUCUGAUCUCAUCCACUUCGCUCAUCGCUCCGACCUCCAGUGUUCUCAUCCUGCUCAUUCCACAGCCAUUCUCACCUUUCCCUUCCACCCUGCACAUUAUCGAAUGUCCUUUCGUCUCCACCAUCUCUGAUUUCCUGCUGCAAUGCUUUGCGUAGCUAAGUAUUUCACAUUGUCCAGCUCUGGAAUCACUGGGGACACUUUCUUGAUUUCUCUGUACUAUGGCAAACUUUCUGGCUUGGGUACACGAGAGACUAGAAUGGAAACGUGCCCAUUGAACUUUAAUUAGAAGACAUAAUUCAUCAUCCUGAGAAAGAAGGAAUUGACCUCUUGCUACCGUGGAAGAACUUCUCCCUUUGACUUAUGGUUAUUCCAGCCUUGUGAAGACAGACUGAGGAUCGCUACCAGAAAUGCCAAAGAGCUUAGAGUGAAGCACAUGGAAGAAACGAAGGAAUCUCAUAAUAAAGACCUGGAAAAAGAUGAAACAUCACGACACUGCCUAGAGAGAAGUGUGGAACAAGUAACCAAGAGGUUAGAGAUGGCCCAUGAAGAGAUCCGAAGGCUCAUGGACCAACUGCAAAUGAAGGAGAAAGAACAGUGUAAACUAGAUUCUGCGCUUGAGAAAGCUCAACUAGAAACUGAGAAACUAAAAGAAAAUUUGAUAAAGCUGAAAGAAAAUGAUAAAAUUGACCUCCGGAAAGCAAAGGAACGUAAUCAGAGACUAGAUGAGGAAAUUCUGGCUUUAAGAAAUCGAGUCCGAUUACUUGACUCGGAAAAAAAAGUGCUUGAAGAAAAGGUUGAGAGACUUAGAGGAGAGAUGUGUGAAUCUCAAGAGAGUAAGCAACUCCGAAACCACUCCCCUAGAAGAACUGUAGGUGCGGAACAGAAAGUACAGAACUCGAUUUAUCAGCAAUAUAGGAAGACAGAAGAGAAACCAGUAUGAAAGGUCAAGAGACAAUUAAAAUACAAGAUUUAAAUGAGGUAAGAAAUGAAAAGACCAUUUUCAGUUACAUUUUCUAAUACAAGUGAGCAUCCCAUAAGGAUGCUCAAGAAUAUUACUGGAAACAGGAGAAAGAACACAUCCAAGAAUGGUCGGUCUGUACCUUAUGAUUGUGAUCAGUUUGUUACAGAGAGGGCUUCUCAGGAGUC